AUGUCAUCUAAUUCAGAUAAUUCUCAUGUAAUUUCAAUAGAAGAGGAUCCAGAUAAAACUAAAAAAAAUUUGGAAAUUGUUUGCUCGCCUAAUAUGAUAUAUGUUGCUACACUAGAUGAAGAUAGUAAUAUUAAUCUUUGGUCUGUCGUUAGUCAAGAGCAGCACUUAGAGAAUAAAAAAACAAUACAUAUUGACAAUAUUUACAAUAUUGACGAUAUUUACAGCAUUUAUAAAUUUAAAAGAGUAUUUGCAAUUUCAGAUAAUAUGCAUGCUUCAAUUAGCCUUAAUAGAGUUUAUCCUUAUAAUUUCGGAAUUUUCGAUUUUGAAAAUGAACAAGAGAUAUUAUUAACUUUUCAUGAUCAACAGAAAGAAAUUGACUUUUUAUCCUUUCUUAAAAACGGAGAUAUCGUAAUUGUCAAUGUCAGAUAUUACAGAGCAUAUGUUUUUUCAUGUAAAGAAAAAGAUAAUAUUAGUUGGGAUU